AUGGCCUUGCCAGCACUGGCUCUGACAUUCUUCCUGGCCCUUGCUCCUCUGCUGCUGGCACGGGGACAGAAGAACCACAGUCCUGUGAAUCCAUGGGUCCAUCAGGAAGCAGAAACAUGCCAAAAACCCCAGUGGGACUUCAGACUCCAGCUGGCACCAGAGCAGGAGAGUUACAGGAAGAACGAAGAAGUGAUUCUGAGCUGUCCCAAGGGUUUCCAGCCACCUUUCACCCAUAUCAAAUGUACAGGAAAAGUUCUGUCUGUUAUCAAUGGAAAACCUAUACACAGAGAAGCUUGGACUGGAAAGGACAGCAGAGGCAGUGUGAUCAACAUUCAGCCCAAGUUCAGGGCACAGUGCCUUGAUGUCCUCCAGGUUGUCCCUGAGACCCUGAAGGUUUUCAGCACCAGCAUCAAACUGAACUGGACCUGCAUGCUCCCUCAUAUGUGCCAGCAUAUUCGGGCCAGGUGCCAGCUGGAGCAGCAUUCUUCCUCAAACUGUGAGGCUGAGGAGGUGAAGGUAGAGGACAUACUACAAGGCCAGGAGGGAAUGUUCACCUGCUCCCCUCUGCAGCCCUUCACUGUCUACAGUGUCACCAUCUCCCUGCUGCCUAGCACAAUCCUAUACACACGGCUCAUCAGGACAAAGGAAAUGGUGCCAGACAAACCGGAGCAGCUGUGGCUGGAUCCUGACAGGGGCUCUCUCAGGUGGAGCUCACUGCCCUCCUGCAAAGGGGAGAUCAUCGGAUACCAGGUACCGGGAGUCCAUGGAGUGCCCGUGGUCCCCCUACCUAGCCUGGAGCUCUGUGCAGACAGCCUGAGGAGAGCCAGCAGUAACAGGCCCUCUCCACAGAGCUGCCCAGUGCAGAAGCAGAAUGUUGGUGCUACUGUCUAG